AUGAAAAGCCAAAUCUUUGUCCUACUUUCAACAUUUAUAUUUUCUUUACCAUGUUUUUGCACUCAAAUAAUUUUUAGUGAUGUAAAUACUAGCUUCAAUGUUGUUGAUUAUGGUGCUUUAGGAAAUGGUCAAACCGAUGAUUCACAAGCAUUUUUAAAAGCAUGGCAACAAGUGUGUGGAGCAACUCAAGGAACUCCAACACUCAUUGUACCUCGAGGAAAAACUUUCAUGUUGCAGCCAGUUAUGUUCAUGGGACCUUGUAAAGCCGCAAUCGUCAACUUUAAUUUGCAAGGGAUUAUUACUGCCCCAAACACACUUGAAUCAUGGAAAUCGGGAAAUAGUAACAAGGAUUCAUGGAUCACAUUCUCUAAUAUAAAUGGCCUUGUCGUCAAUGGAGGUGGACAAAUUGAUGGUCAAGGUGCUCCAUGGUGGCAAUGCAAAAAUUGUGACAGACCAACUGUUUUGAAGUUCAAUGAUUGCCAAAAUCUAAAACUUAGUAGAUUGGCACACAUCAAUAGUCCAAGAAAUCAUAUAAGCAUAAAUUUAUGUAACAACGCAACAAUUUCCGAUCUUCAUAUUGAAGCACCAAAAGAAAGCCCAAACACUGAUGGAAUUGAUAUUGCAAGUUCAUCCAACCUUGUCAUUACAACUUCUACGAUACAAACUGGUGAUGAUUGUAUUGCAAUUAAUAACGGUUCCUCCUACAUCAAUAUAACUUCCAUUCUUUGUGGACCUGGCCAUGGCAUUAGUAUUGGAAGCCUGGGAAAAAAUGGAGCAUAUGAAACGGUUGAAAUGGUGCAUGUGCAAAACUGCACUUUCAAUGGAUCUAGCAAUGGGGCCAGAAUCAAGACAUGAAGAAACAUUACAUUCGAGGAUAUUAAUAUUGUUGGAGGCAAUAACCCUAUUAUUAUCGACCAACAAUACGAUAAUCCCUAUUAUACUACUGAUGAUGGAAUUGGAACAGCAGUUAAAGUGAGUGACGUAACUUAUCGCAAUGUGAUGGGAAUCACAGCUUGGAAAGAUGCAAUCCAAUUGAAUUGUGAUCCCAUUGGGUGCAAUGACAUUGUAUUAGACAAUAUUAACAUAACCUCUACUUAUUAUGGCCAAGCAAACCAAGCACUUUCAACUUGCCAAUAUGCACAAGGGACUUGCACUUCUUGCAAUCCACAUGUUUCAUGUCUUUCUGGGUUCCUUUGA